UCUGUUUGCUUGCUUGAGCGUCUCGGUUUAAAGAAUAGUAUUUUUUAUCAUCGAGUGUAAAUUAGCCUAAUAAUUUGUAUUUUCCAUAAUGAUUAUUUAUCUCAAUCUACUGUGAUCAUACUUAAAAUAGUAUUUUUGUGAGGUAUCACACUCGAAGUACCUAGCCUAUCUAAUAGUAGAACAAAUUUUAUGAUGGAUGAGAAUAAGCACUUAGUGCUAAUUAUAAGUAAUCCUAAUUUAAAAACGCCACAAGGAGUUAAAGUUUUUACAGUUAGUAGUAAAAGUUUUAUUUUCAUAUGGCAAGACAGUAAAAUUUUCGUUCAUGAAAAAUCAGUUGUGGGAAAUAGUAAAGAACUUGAUCUAACCACAAUAAGUGUUAGUUCAAGGAUAAAGGAGGUGAAUCUAAGGAAUCGUGUUAUGGAUAUUUUUCAGACAAAUGAUUCUAUAUUUGCAUUGGAUGAUAAUGGAAAUAUUUAUUCUCUUCGCACAACAACCAUAAAUCCAGCAAACUUGAUGGAAGUUGAAGAUUUGUUCAGUUCCCCAGUAAUUAGUGAAACACUUGAAUGGACAGAAAAAAUAAUUACAAAAGUCAACGAAUGUGACAAAGUGGAAGCCGUCUGCCAUUUAACCGCAAGUUUGGCAUUGCUCACAGUAAAAGGUGGAUUAUGGAAUGUAUGUGUUUACUCUUUGCCAGAGUACAAUUCAAAUUGUGUUCUGAAUCUGAACAAAUUUAACUCAAAGGCUUCAGUUUUGUCCAGUUGUGUGAUAUCACUCAUGACUCCAAAGCUCAAGCAGAAUUUCAAAGAACACCUGGAACCUUUUGAUGAAGAAAUAAUUGUUAUUGGCCUAAAAUCUGGCUUAUUGAUUUGGUUUUGCGUGAAAAGUCCUGUAAAAGGUCCUUUUGUUAUGUUUAACACAUAUCAGGAUAUACAAAAUAUGCAUUGGAUCAAAGAUCCAAACAGUGGACUCUAUGUGUGCCUAUUGGUACUUCUGAGUUCAGGACAAGCGAUUGCAUUUGGAGGAGAAAAACAUUCAAUGCUGUGUUUACCAGACUCUGUAGAAUCUUCUAGCAGUUUAAAAAAUUCUAUCAUAUCUUCAAAUUUUGUUGAUUGUUAUGCAAGUGAAUUACAAAUGGGAGAAAAUGUUAGUGCGAACAGUGUGCUAUUACCAGUGAAAGGUGUAUGCACUAUGACAAGUGAUCCGGAUUCAGAUGUGAUAAUAGCAGUAACAAAUCACGGAUCUGUCUACAGCUUCGACCCGACUGUAAAACCUCCGGAAAAAUCCACAUUCUUUACCCUUCCAGACCAGAGUUUGCUUGAUAAUAUGUUCAUGCAAUCUCAAAUCUUGGAUAAUCUCAACAAACAACUGGACAAUGAGGGAAACAUCCUCAAAGCUGUAUCGGCUACGAUAGCAGCAAACUCUUGCCAAAACUUAUUUGAAUUGAGUGUUAAAGUGAAUUCAGAUUUAGAUUUUACUGUAAGAGCCAAGCUUGUGAAGAGCAAAGUCGUAUUUCAAAGUAAUCUUUGGUCGGUUUGUGUUGAAACCAUUAGAGACAGAGGGAGAAAGACAUUGUUUGAUAAUAUGGAACAUAACCUUAGUAUUAACAGUGAUUUAGUUGUGAAUGUAAAUUGCUCAUUGGAAGUGGAAGACGUUGUAUCUGUUGAACUAGUGUACUUCAUAGAUAAGAAACUACCCAUAUUAAUAGUUCCAGUAGGCAAGGUCACAAUCGAUGCGUGCCACCUGAUGUGUUCCCAACUCAUGAUUCAAAGUACAGCUAAAACCAAAGAAACCUUAUCAAAUAUACUAGCUGAUGAAAAUAAGAUGCCACAACAGACAUUGAGGGAUUGUAAACUGACAGUAAAAGUUCCUGAUAGUUAUUUGUUGAAUACGUUUUUCAAAACAAUUCUUUCUCAGAGUCAACAUAGGUUUAUGGCUGAGGAGUGGGAUAAAAUUUCAAAUGGAAAAAAAUUUAAUGUAUCUGCUUGUAUAUGUGGUGUUCCUGUGCUACUGAAAUUAGAAGUGGAAUCUAGAGAACUUAUAAUAUCUUCAAGUUGUACCAAACUGUGCCAUCAGAUAAAAAAAGCUGUAAUUGCAAGAUUCAAAACGGAAGUAAACAACCACAUUCCUGAAAGUUUAACUCUGGAUUUACAGGCUCUUUUUCAAACCUUUGAAAUAGAAAGUUUGAAAGAAAACCCGAAUAUUGAAGCUUUGGAUUCACUAAGGAAGAAUGUCAGAACAUCAACUUCUGCACUGUUUUCUGCAUGAUUACAACAAUUCAAUGGUUGAUGGAUUAAAAUGUUAAUCUUUA